CUAGUCUAUAUAAAUUCCCCGUGUCCCAUGCGAUGGUCUGACAGUGGUCUGACACUUGUCACCCUCGUGGUCCUGCCAACAGAGCCAUAAUUACCCGAUGUUCGCCAGCAAAACCUACCUCCUUGCCAGAAUCAAACGAUCACAGAACCCCGAGCCAGCAGCCAUCAUGACCGACACCGCCAUCACGCGUCUCCAGAACCACCUGAAGUGUGAUCUCGCCCGCAAAAAUCGCAUCGGACGAACAUGCGUUCUCAAGCGCUUCUCCCAGUGGCUGUGGUCGGUCUGGAUGAUCGAUAGUCCCCAGACUGCUGCGGGUCGCGUUGAAUGCACCGAUCGCAUGAAAUCCACCAACUACCGGUGUUCAACCGCAAAAGCCCCCGGCUAUACACUGCCUGCACCUGAACAGCCAGCCCACGCUACCCCUCAGCAAGACGAACCGUGCCAGCCUUGCAAGGCCUGCCAGGCCUGGGGCGUGCCGUGCGAUCAAGUGCGCCCCCGCUGCUCGCAUUGUUUAGAUCAACAGAUUCUUUGUUUCUAUGUAGCCCCGACCCGGAAAUCAAUGAGAAAGUCCGCCAGAUCGACGAAACAGAACCAGGUCGUGGAUCCCACCCCGCGAUUGCAAGAACCUUAAUCAAGGACCGAUGACUGCAUGAGGCAGCCUGAAAAAGACGUCGGUUUCCCCGCACACGACCAGAAAAUAUGGGACACGCGGGGAACAGCAACCCAAAAUUUACUUGCAGCCUGUUUCUCCCGAGCUCGACCUCCACUCUGCGCGGGAUCGAGUGGAUCAAUACGCCAUUUAUACGAUUUUAUUUUCUUGAUGUAUGGCUGCUUCACAAAUGCAUACAUUCAAGCGCAGAAGAGUUUCCUCAAAAGCCGGAAUGCCUGAGCCCAGCCCAGCCAUGUCGCCACGCAUGAAGUCCCCCUCGAUAUCGGAGCACUG